AUGUUCACCCUCAGAGAGCAAUCUUUCAAGCCGCCGGAUGAAAUCACCCAGCAGGCGCGGCGAGUAGUGCUCGACAACCUCAACAAGCCAAAUACAAGAAACGAGUCGCUAAUAGACCGUGUCCGCCACGGGUCCGCGCUGUUUGCCAAACGGCGACCCCAGCCCUCGCGCCCGCUCACAAGAACGCCGUCCCAGGACUCCUUCCAGUCGGUGUAUUCUAUCCCGACCUCCAUGUAUUCUGCCGCCACGAGCGUGCAGAGCGAGCCUGUUCAGGUGCCGAAUCUGGACUACCAGGACCCUUUGCCGCGGCAAGAAACGCUCACGAUUGGGCUAAGUGCGGCGCUGGACCAUGUUUCGGCGUGUGCCGACGUGGGGAGCCAGGUGUUCAACGAGCUGAGCGUGCUGUUGCGCAAGACGCACGACGGCGCAAACAAGAACUCGCCUGAGAAACUGAUAGACUGGAACCUCAAUCUGCUGCGGGUGUUGCUUUGUGUUCGCACAAGCAGUCUCCCGCCAGAGUGGAGGGACCGCCACGUUAGCGUCCAGGUGGAGGAACGUGCCCGCGCAACCCUCACCAGCGAGCUCGCAAAAAUCCGCGCUCUGAAAAAUGCAAAAUUCAACAAAUUCCUUUUCAACGUGGCAGCACGUACACCCACAGACGACCAGCUUCUGCAGAUUAAUGCUCUGGACGACUCGCCCGACAAGUUCCAGCAGGCGCUCGUCGACUCCGAUCUGUUCAAGGAGUUCAAUAUAGACUCGCAGUUCAAGAAUCUUGUGGCCCACGUCUCGAUCCAGAAUUCGCGCCAGUUUGGGCCUCAGUUCAUGGCCGUGGCCCUGCGCAACUACUUCCUCAACCUGCUGGUUGCGGCCCAGACGCUGUUUGAGUUCUAUUACAGCGGCCAGGUCGGCGUCGACGUCGACAACCUCUCGUCCAAGGAUCGCAAAAUCCUGUGGAAAAGCAUCCGUCAACGAAACUUUGAAAAAAUCAAGGUGUUUGGCGAGUGUCCCCCCACGCAAUUCUCCACGAAGCAAUGA